AUGUGUCAUAUCGCGUGUGCGUGCGUGCAGGGCGAGGAGCACUCAGGUAGCGUGGAGGAGGAGGAGCUGAGGCGCAUGCGGGACGGCGCACACGACCCUGCCAGCAGCAGCGGGGGCGGGGGAGGGCUGGGGGAGUGGGAGUCAACCCACCCAGACGCAGAAACAGGGGCAGGCGGAGGGGCAGGAGCAGGAGGAGGAGGAGGAGGAGGAGGAGCAGGGCAGGGGGCGUCAGUCCCUCGGUCGCCUUCUAGGAACGAAGGCGCGCGGUUGGGGAAGAGAAGCGUCGAGGCUGCGUUUGGGGAGGAGCGGGGGGAGUAUGGUGGAGGUCGAGGGGAGAGGGCGGGGUUGGGAGGUGGGGAAGGAAUGAAAGGCGGCGAGGAGAGUGCAGCAGCAGGGGAAGCAGACUUGCGUGCGGCUGCAAAUGCCUCUGCUGCUGCCGCCGCCGCUGCUGCUGCUGGGAUUGGGGUUGGGGCUGGUGGGGACGGUGGUGGUGGAGGCGGCAUGUUGAGUGCGGGAAUGGGGUAUAUGGGUCGGUUGCCGUAUGUGGUGGAGGAGGGGGAGAGCGACAUGGUGGGGGGGUUGAAGAAGGCGCGUAUUAUCUGGAGUGUUGAGCUGCACCAGCAGUUUGUCAAGGCUGUUCACCACCUCGGCGUUGACAAGGCGGUGCCAAAGAAGAUACUGGAGAUGAUGGGAGUGCCGGGCCUCACACGGGAGAACGUUGCCAGCCACCUGCAGGUUCGUCUGCUCGCCUCUGCUCUGCUCUGCUCGCCCAUGCCUCUCCCACAUGCCGCAUUCCAUGCCGUGCCAUACCGUGCCAUGCCUUGCCAGUCCCACACCAUCCCCACACCAUCCCCAUGCCAUCCUCAUGCCAUCCCCAUGCCAUCUCCAUGCCAUCCCCAUGCCCUCCCCAUGCCAUCCCCAUGCCAUGUCAUGCCAUGCAAUGGCUUUUCAUAG